AUGCCGUCUGUGGCCGCAGUCCUCGUCUUCAGCCGCAUCUUUUCUUGGCAUUAUUACAUAACGUGCGUCAGAAUUGCUGGCUAUGGCAAUGUUGCUCCAAAAACAUUCUCAGGGCGUGCAUUUUGUGUUCUGUUUGCUGUGUUUGGUAUACCUUUGACACUGCUUGCUAUUGCGGACCUCGGCAAAUUUCUUUCCGAAAUCAUUUUCGAAUUCAGUGACCGAAUUCAUGCAGAGAUAAAGUGCUUUCUUCUGUUAUUGAUCUGA